AUGACGGAACAGGAUGCCAGCCCUCAGCAGCGCCUCCUCCAACCGCCUCGCGGCCACCGACCGGCCUCGCAGGACCGCCAUGCUGCCCCAGCCAGCCCAGAGGUGGGCGAGUCGAGCGCCUCCGGCAGCAUCAUGAACAGCACCUGGACCACCGAUGCCACCCUGGCACAGCGGCCCUCCCACGACGACGCUCCGGUCAACGGCCACGCAGGCGGGCAACAGAGGAGCAGUGAUAUCGCAAGAGAAAACAAGCGCCAGCCUCACCACUCGAAACCGUACAAACCACGAUCCAGCGGCGCAUUCCUCCUUUCCGACCCCUUUGAAGACGCAGUCGUGGAGGACACUCGACCGCACAAGCACCGCUCGCGGCGCACAGCUGAAAAAGGCAAAAGCAAAAGAGAGUCCGAGGGCACCAUCCCCUCGCACGUCGACGUCAUCGCUGGAUAUGGAAUCGACGCAAAUUGUCAAUAUGGCCUUGAAUCUGAGCGAGUCGAGGCGCAUGGCGCAGAGAAGGAAUGCCCCGCCUUCGACCCUACGAACGACGGUGGUGGCUACAGGUACCACUUUUCUAGUUCGACUUUGGCGAGGGCUCAGAAGGCGAAGGAUUACAUGGAUCUUCUUGCUCAAUACCGCCGGGCACUCGAGCUGCUACCGCCCUUGAAACCAAACACAUUAUCCAAGACGUCGACCACCAGUGACUAUGCGCUCUCGGGCUCUACAUCUGCAAAUCCGCUUAAUUUCGACACCGCCGGUCAGAUUGGCCGCCCAUACGAUCCAUUACAGUACAUCAGGAAUCGCAAGGUCAGGGCUAGGGAGAGGAAGACCAUCGAUGGCGAGAGCCAAGGCUUUGGCGAUGUGAGUAGGGUCACAGACUGGGUGGACGAGGUUGCGAAAUGGGUCGCCACUCGCCAAAUUCGAACUCCGGGCAGCUCUGCCCUUCCACCAUUUGCUGGCGCAGACGUCUUCACGGUUGAGACAUCCCCGCCGUCCCACGUGUCCCGGACCUCAAACGCUAUCACGAAGCCGAAACGACCUAGGAACGACUGGACCAUCGAGCCGGCUGAUCUUGUGGCAGAUAUCUAUUGGCUGGAACAGGAUGACCAUAAAAGACUGGUUGAAGACCGCAACUGGCGGCGCGUCUUCCCACAAGACUCGGGGUUAUACCGGCCGCUUUCACAAGCCACAAACGAGGCUUCACCUGCGGUUCCAUCUAAGCAUGCACAGCUCCAACUAUCAGGGGCGGAAGACGGGCCAGGAAAGUCAACUGCGGACGCUAAAGCGACCAAGGCCGAUCAUGACCAUGCCUCAGGUGGUACGCGUGAAAGAGCUCGCCAGAAGUUGCAGGAGCUUAGGAGCUUCCAUCGGCACACAAACUCCUCACAUGGUCAUUCGCACAAUCCACUCCGUCGACGGGACUCGUCCUCCUCAAGUUCAUCUGAUUCGGACAGCCAGAAGAAACGCAGCAGAAAGAACACAAUAGAUAUCGACAAGGAUAUUCUUGAGAAGCAGAUGAUGGAAAUGAUAGCGCGGGAGGAAGCUCAAGAAAGCGAGGCCAAAUUGUCACAGGAGCCCGAGCUAAAGGAGGCCAAGUCCCUUCCGUCAAACUCUAUCAGACCAGAACGUCUGGAGAACUCGGAUUCAACUGGAGGUAGUCGCCAGCACAGCCGAAGAGGAUCCUUUAGCAACGUUGGCGGUGUUGAGGAGAAAAAUCACGCCGAUCGACCCAAGAUCACUUCGUCACAGCGCCCGAGUCGGGAAAGCCUGGAAGUUCCUCCAUUCUGGGGAAGGCCGUCGAUGGAAUCUGAGUCUUCUCCUCCAGACUCGCCCGAAGCCCGCACCUCGCGUCGCGAUAACUACUUCAUACCUGGCAUUGGCACAAACCUGUCGCCAGCUUCCAGUAGGACUGGAUCGCCGUCCAGGAAUCCAUUCUCCAAAGUCAAGCAGAUGUUCCGCGACCGUAGCCGGGAGCGACCUUCGGAACGCCAGCACGAGAUCCAAUCGAGUGAGAAGGAGGAUGGUGUUGAAGUUGCCGCUGUGUCCUCCGACAGGCUGUCUAGUACCCCCGAACUGGUGGACAAACGAGGACGAUCGCGGUCGAGGAAUGGCUCCGUUGGGCCAGAGCCGAAGAUUAUUACAUCACGGCUCACCGGUGACAGCCAAAAGUCGCACCGCAAGACGAACAGCAUGCGCUUGGCAGACCCCGGCGCCGGCCUGCGAAGUCUUUUCAAGGGGCCGCGGAUCGACAGCGUCCUCAAGUCAGGUGUCUCCAAGGUCAGCGAGCUACUGUGGAAGAAAGAGUCGGAGGCUGAAGAUUCUGACUCCUCGACUUCAUCUUCCGACGGCACGGAUGUCGAGGAGCGCGGUAGACGCAAGCAGGGCAAAUCGCUGUCUCCGACUGCCUCGAUCAGAGGCCGUCCAGGGCACGUCAAACAAGAGUCGAAACACUUCCUCGACGUCAUGCCUCCAUUCGUGUCUGCAUCGGACGGCCGCCAUGCACCUCCAGGUGUGUCGCUCUCGAGGCCGGCUAGUCGCCGGUCGACCCGAUUUGAGCUCCUGAAGCCUCCCAGGAUAGAUAUCUCGGUUGCAGACUCGUCCGCGGACACACAAAAGGACCCAGAAGUCGAUAUCUCAGACUCCGAAAUGCGCAUGAGUAAUAUCCACGAGGAGCCGGUGUUUGGUGGCAGACGUCCAGGCUCAGCGUUGUCUGCACAGUCGCCCAAGACCCGCCGGUUCUCGGCAGCUUUCAACAGGGACAGCCGUCAUUUCUCUCUAUCGGAGCAGACUUCCGUGCCCGAACGUGCGCCGUUGACCAGGCGGGAAGUUGCUCGUGUCAAGGCCCUUAUGCUCAGCUCUGGCGUGAUGGCCAUGAAUAUAUCCCGUCGGGCCCACCAAGCCCAGGUCCUCGAUGUCAUGACGGCCAACGAGAGCAGUGACGUUCUUUCGGCGCUCGGCAACAGGGUCUCGUGGCCCGAGAUCACUCAGCUUGCGCCUGCAGACCAGCGGCAGGAGCUCCUCAGAAAGCCCAUCUCGGAGGCAGAUCUCUUCCCCGUGACGGCACAGGUGCUCGGCACGGCGAUCCAGACGUCCAGGCAGCGGUGGGAGUCUGCGGCCGAGUCGUUCCGGCACAGGACCCGCAGCGACAUCAACGGGCAGAUCGAGCAGCUGCGGACGCGGCUGCAGCUGGACCUGAGCGCGAUGACCCGUGCGGCAGCGGAGGAGGCGGACGAGGUCAGCGGGGACCUUGUGGACGGGCAGCGCCGCAAGGUCAAGGCUGUGGUGGACGUCAUCGACAAGCUAUCGCGGCGGCGAAGGCGGCGUUUCCGCUGGGCGCGGCGCGCGGGCUGGCUGGCGCUCGAGUGGGCGCUGGUCGGGUUCAUGUGGUACGUUUGGCUCGUCGUCAUGAUCGCGAGGGUGUUCCUCGGGGUCGGCAAGGGCUUCGUCCGGGGCGUGAGGUGGCUGCUGUGGCUGUAG